UAACUUCAGAUUUUCACGUUUUAUUACAAGACAUUAUUCAGUCAAAUAUGUGUUCUGUUGUAAACUAUAGCUUUAUAAUGACUUGAUUGUGAAUGUAUACAAUUGCCUGGCAGUGGAAUUUAGUUUGAUGACAUGGCUACACAGCGGCCCAAAGAAUGGGUUACAACUGUUAUAUCAAGAUUCGAUUCCCAGUUGCCCUCGAAAGCUGCACAAUUUACUCCAGCAUGUCGUGCUAACUUGGAAAAACACAAGGAAUGUAUGAUCAACAUCAGUCGAACAAGAUUCACAACAGUAAUUACCGGGCUCACUGAAAUAUUGAAAAAUCUUGCCAGUAUACGAAUUUAUGGUGGAAGACAAGAAAGAAAUCUUUAUACAUCCCAAAUUAUUGUUUUGGAUACAUUGGAGAAAUGCAUUUCUGGACAACACAAAGACAAGUCCUCGACUAUUGAUGAAUCCAUUUUGAUAAAACAGCUUCUGCCAGAGAUAUGUCAGUUCAUCCAUCAAUCAAGCAUUGAUAACAAUUUAUCAUCUCAACUGAAGGCUUGUGCUUCUCGGGUUUUGUAUUGUUUGAGUCAGAACAAUUUCAACACUGUUUUCAGUAGAAUUUCAGCAAGAUUGCAAGAUUUGUCUCGAAACAGUGAUGAUAUACCUGAUCUUAAUGAUCUUGAUUUAAUUCAACACAUUCAUGUUGAUAUGGUGAAGAUCACAAAAUUAUUGGAAGAUGUAGUCCAAAGAUUUCGAAGCUUCAGAAAGAAUGUUCAGAUUGCAAUCUCAGUCAAUUUGGAGAAGGCUAUUUGGAACUGGUUGCACUCAUAUCCUGCUGAUUUAUGUGCACUUUACUAUCCUGAAAUUGCAGUGCAAAAUCAACUUCAGCAUAUGCAUCCAUUAUUUUGUGUGGUUGGUACGCAGGGACAGGUGUCUCAAGCACAUCAACAACAGUAUAAGACUCUUCUCCAGCAACAGAAAGUUCACAAUCAACAUUUAGCAGAAGCUGCAGAUAAAUUGUUUGGCAUGCUCGAUACUUCAUCAGAAGGUUCAAAACGAAAAGCAUCAACAUGCUGGCCUUUGCAGAUUAUGUUAUUGACGCUUUGCCCAGAUGUUAUCAGAGAAAUUGCUUUCAGCAGUAACCAGUCAAUGAAGCCUGAGAUGAAAGCUCGGAAAGAAUGGUUCAACUGUUUGCAAAAAGCACUCACAUCUAGACAUAACCAAGAAAAUAGUGCAAUAUCUUUUACAAGAAUGUUGAAAGCUGCCACUUGUAUUCCGUCACCAUCUGCUUCGUCCGUUUCAUCUGUACCUGCGAGUGCUGCCACGACAACACCUACAGUGCAAACUGCCAGACCAACUGAGGAUAAAUGCCCAUUACAUGAACUGAUUCACAUGGUCUUACCCGAUUUGAAGGCUCUUCUUUUUGAAAAUGGUGGGAAAGGAUUCUCAAAAAUAUCAGAUCAAGAUGUUCUCGUGGAAUGCCUGGUAUCUUGCUUACGUCUCCAGCCUAAUGAUGACAAAGUUGCAAGAACGUGUGUUGCUCCAAGUGCUCCUAUACAUUUAAAAAUGGCUUUAGUACAAGCUAUGAAAUGCAUUGCCACUCAGCAUCCUCUGCUUUGGUGGCCAAGAAUUGACUCGUUUUAUAAUCUGGGACCUGAAAUGAGAAAAGCAUUUCUUGAUGUAACACCUAAAGUUCUUGGGCAAGGAACUGCUUCAGCGAGGACAAGUCAAUCAUUCUUACGAGAACAAAUGGAGCGGAUGAAUGUUAGUUUGAAGCGGUCACAAGAGGAAUCUAUUUCACACCGUGAUUUAAUGCAAGCUUUAAUACAGAUGACUAUUGCUGAUCAAAGACCGUUUCUUUUUGAUCUGGGAAACACAAAUCAAAAAAUUCAUUCAAAUUGUUGGGAUUUCAUCAGAACACUGACAAAUUUGGUCAUUCCAAUGCAACCCAUUUUUGGAGUUCAGACAUCACUGGAAGCAAUGGAAGCAUUACUUCAACUGCACAGUCCACAAAUAUCUUUAACUUGGAAUCCGGAAUCUCCAGUCACCACAUUUUGGGAUGUCAGUUCUACGAUGUUAUUCAAUGUAUGCUGUCAUAUAUUGACUGAACAGAUGUCUACUCCUGCUGAUGUUGCUUGUAAUAAUUUGAAAUGGUUGCUUCAAAUACUUGGAUGUCGCAUCGCAUUCCUUUAUCAAAAUCAUGAAAGAGGAGUUGCCUAUAGAGCGGAAGUAGUAAAGAGAGCUCAGAUGAAAGUUGAAAUGGUUUUACUUGAGUACUUGUGGAGCCUUGAUACAGAAGUUGUUCUUGUUGCUUUGUCAUGUUUUAGAUAUUUACAUGAAGAAAUUGAAAUAAAAUGGAGAUUUGAUGAGAGUGCACUCGGUCGAAUGCUUCCUGAAUAUCAUGAAUUAUAUGUUGACCUUGCAUCUGCUGGUACUGCGAUACAAAAUGGUUAUGGUACUUUACACAAAAAGGUUACAGAUUUAUUAAGAAGAUGCUGUAAAUUUACACCAGCAAGUUUGGAUGCAUGGGAAGAUACAAGAAUAAAAUGGGAAUCAAAAACAAUGCCAUUGAUGAUGACAAAACCUGGGAAAUUUGAUGAUAUUCCAUCGAUAGGAGAAAAUAGUAAUGCCCCAUCUACUGUAAGGAAUCCAGUCAGAAGAAACAUACCAGGGGAAAAUCCUAUGGAAUGGAUCAACAUGACAGGAUUUCUUUGUGCCUUGGGUGGAGUGUGUGUCAAUGCUAAAGAUCAUUCGUUCAAUUUGAAACAACUUUGGGAGAGGAAAGUGGGUGGGAGAUCAAUGUCAAGCAGAGUACAAACAAGAAGUACAAGUUCAUCCACACCUGCACUGCACACAACUUCCACUGGAUUGCCGCACAGUAGCAUCAGUAGUUAUAGUCUUGGUAAUGCAGAAGGUCCUGCACAAAGAUUAAGCAUUCCUAACACUUCAUCUGCAACCAUGUCUACUGCAUCUGCUAGUUCUGCUGCACCUGCGAGAAAUACUGGUCCUCCUACUCCAUAUGAACGGGCGAGUGGUUUCAUUGCAACAUUACUCAAACUACUAUCUCAUCAAUAUUUGAGUAAAGUCAGCCCAGAUAUCAAGAAUGCCUUAAGAAAUUUGCUCGGUACUGCUCUUCACCCUGCACUUUAUCCGAUACUUUUUCAACAAACCAAACUUCAUUUAAAGACGUUAUAUGAUCCCCUGGGCCAGAUGUUGAUCAAUGAGGGUAACACUACAUUUGUCAAUCAUAUUAUUUUAAUACUGGAAAGUUUGUUGGAAAAUUGUACAGAACUUGAUACCGAUCAUCUUGGCGAGGAAAGUAUAGAAAGCAUGGUUCUUCAGCUUGUCAGAUAUGUUCGACACAUGCCCAACAAUAUGAAAUCAUUCCACAUGAGAAUUCAUUUGUGCAAAAUGAUUGAACUGAUGAUGAGACAGAAGAACAAUUUGUUCUUUUUAUCGGAAAUCAAAUUUCGCAACAGAUUAGUAGAAUAUGUUACAGAUUGGAUAAUGGAUUCUUCUAAUCAUUGCGCUGAAAACAGUGUUCCUGAUGACACAAAAAUGUUAUUGAGACAACUAGAUGGAGCAGCAAUGGGUGCAGUUGUUGUUUUGCUACAGGAUUUACCAUUACAACCUGAUGAAGUUGAUGGUGGUGAUGUUGCCAAUGCCAAGUCUCAAUUGUUUUUGAAGUAUUUCACAUUGUUCAUGAAGCUGUUGAAUGAAUGCAAUGAAUCUUCUGUUCACAAUUCGACAAAUUCUCUCGCUCCUGAUGACACAGCUGGAUCUACUGCUCAUUCUACUGUUAUCAAACAAUUGAUGGCAUUACGGCAUUCAACUAUAUUAGCAAUGUCUAAUAUGCUGAGUGCUAACAUAGAAUAUGGAUUUGUGCAUGCUAUGGUUCUUGCAUACCACACUGAUUUCCACACAAGAUCUGCAUUUCUCGAAGUUUUAACCAAAAUUCUCCAGCAACAAGGGCCUGUUCGAUUUGAUAUGUUGAAGGAUACAACAUUAUCUGAUAGAUUCGAUCACCUUGUUGAACUUGUUACUAUGAUGGGUGAUGGUGGAGAAUUACCAAUUGCUAAUGCUCUUGCCAAUGUCGUGCACUCGAUGCAUAUGGAUGAACUUGCUCGUGUUUUUGUUACUUUAUUUGAUGCAAAACAUCUUUUGUAUCAACUUUUAUGGAAUAUGUUCUCAAAAGAGGUCGAAUACGCAGAAAAUGUACAAAUUUUGUUUCGAGGAAAUUCACUUGCCAGCAAGAUAAUGACAUUUUGUUUUAAAGUGUAUGGUGCAAGCUAUUUGCAUAAUUUGAUGGAACCUCUCAUAGCAUGGAGUCUUGGAAAUGAAAUUGUCAACUCUAAAUUCGAGGUUGAUGUUCAUAGAUUACCUGAUAAUGCUGAUAUUAAUCAAAGCCGUAUAAAUUUGCAACAUUUGACUGAAAGAUUUUUUACAAGAAUUAUGAAGUCAACUGAUAAGUUUCCGCCGCAAUUGAAAAGUGUUUGCCAUUGUUUGUACCAAGUAGUGUCUCAAAGAUUUCCAGAAAAUGGUACAGGUGCUGUCGCAAGUGCAGUGUUUUUAAGAUUUUUGAAUCCAGCUAUUGUAUCACCAUAUGAAUUUGGAUUGACAGAGAAGAAAUUGCCACCAAACUUGUCUCGAGCGUUUAAACUGAUGUGCAAGAUCAUGCAAAAGAUUUCCAAUCAUGUAUUAUUCACAAAAGAAGCUCAUAUGAAACCAUUUAACGACUUUGUCAGAAAACGAUUUGAUGCUUGCCAACAAUUUUUCAUGAAAAUCUCAUCACCUGAGUCACCAAGUGGUGAAGGUGUGUUUCAUACCAUGCCAUUGAUCAGCGAUACGAAUGUUGCGGCACUUCAUCGAUUAUUAUGGAACAACCAAGAAAAAAUUGGAGAAUACUUAGCUCGUAGUAGAGAUGCAAAGGCAGUUGGUAGAAAGCCAUUUGACAAGAUGGUGACACUUCUAGCAUAUCUCGGACCACCAGAAUAUAACAGACCUGCUCUCGAGACUAGAAUCAGUGGCUUGAAUCUGAAUUCAUCAAAAUUUGAAGACUUGAUGGCCAAACGUAAAACUGCUGAUAUGGAAGAAUUCAAAGCAUUGAAAGGUCUUAAUAUAUUUUAUCAGUCUGGACAUUCCAAAAUGGGUCAUCCUGUAUUCUACUAUAUUGCAAGAAGAUACAAAACUGAUGAAAUAAGAGAGGAUCUACUCAUGUAUUAUGUAUUGCUCGCAGUUAAACCAUUUAUCGCAAGAAAAUUUGAAAUUGUGAUUGAUCUUACCCAUGUUGGACCUCAUAAUCGAUUCAAACGAGAUUUUCUUCCCAAAUGGUUGUUGAUGUUUCCUGCCUUAACUUACAAGAACCUGGAUGUUGUUUAUCUUUAUAACACAAACAGCUGGUUUAAGGAAUAUGUAAAAUAUCAUGACGAUGUUUUCAGCUCAUGGAAAGGAUGUAAAAGUUUGACAUUCAUCGAUCAUUUGCCACAACUAGAGGAAUAUAUUGAAACAGAACAACAGAAGAUACCUAUUGCUACUGUCGAGUUGGAUGACGAUGUAACUGUAUAUUAUAAUGCUUUGUGGUCUGGACACAAGGAUACUAAAGUAAACAUAAAAGUUGGAGCUAAAGCAGUUCAAGUCACCGGGGCUGAAAGAUGCAAGGUUCUCGGACACUCCAUCAUUCUCAAUGAUAUUUAUUAUGCAAGUGAAAUUGAACAUUUAUGUUUGCUGGAUGAUCAACUUACGUUCAUUAUGAAAGUUUCUACCAGCAAUGAAGGAAUGAAUUUUUCACAUUUGGAUGCAGCCAAAGUUGCUGAGGCAAUCCAGCAUAUACGUACAAGAUGGGAACUGUCGAAACCUGAAAGCACAUCUGCCCAUCAAAAAAUAAGCGCUAAGGAUGUUCCUGGGACCCUAAUUAGCAUUGCAUUGCUCAAUCUAGGAUAUUCAAAACCAAUGGUUCGAUCAGCUGCUUACAAUCUGUUGUGUGCUGUAGCUUCCGCUUUUGAAUUGGAAGUCCAAUCACAAUUAUGUGAAUCUGCUGGUUUAUGUAUUCCCGCAAACAACACUUUAUUUAUUGUAUCGUUAAGCUGCGCUUUAUCUAAAAAACAAAGCUAUGUUACAUUGGAAUUGCUUGAGGAAUGUAUAACAGGUUUCUGCCAUUCAACAUCUGAAUUGAAAAAUUUAUGCCUUGAGUUUAUGGAGCCUUGGUUGUUUAAUCUUCCAUCGUUCUUGAAACAUGCUGAUGAGCCUAAGAGAACCAAGAUUCUCUCCAUCAUCCACCGAUUGAUUGAGCUGACGGUUGAUGAAAAAGAUUUUUAUCCAAGUGUUCAAACUAAAAUUUGGGGAAGUAUUGGGCAAAUGCCUGAUCUUAUUGACAUGGUGCUUGAUGCUUUCAUUGAGACAAGUGCAAGGGAAGGACUAGGAUCUAAAGAGGCAGAAGUGAUGGCUGAUACAUCGGUAGCUUUGGCAGCAAACAACAUGAAACUGGUUUCAAGUAAAAUUAUCAGUAGAUUAUGUGAAAUUGUUGACAAGACUUCGCUACGUCCAACACCGACAUUGGAAAAGCACAGACACUGGGAAGAUAUUGCCAUUUUAGCCAGAUACCUUCUGAUGUUAUCAUUCAACAACAAUCUAGAUGUAACAACACAUCUGCCAUAUCUUUGUCAUCUGGUGACUCUACUUUUACAUACCGGUCCUUUAUCUUUACGAGCAUCUAUACAUGGAUUGGUUGUCAAUAUCAUACAUUCUCUUCUGACUUGCAAACAGACACAAUUCAAAGAAGAAUCUCAACAAGUCCUUCGGUUGAGUUUGACAGAGUUUUGUCUACCAAAAUUUUAUAGAUUGUUUGGAAUUUCAAAAGUUAAAUCGCCUGUCGAUACUGCUUUUCAGCCUACAAGUCCUGAAGAAUUCCAAGGGUACCUUGGAGCUGGAUUAGAAUCAGGAUCGAUAAAUGACAUUAUUAUUGAAGAAGAUAAUGAAGUGAUUAAUUUAUCUUUUGUUGAUGUUAUCACUGAUGCGUUACUGGAAGUUAUGGAGGCAUGUGGCAAAGACAUUGUAAAUUGUCAAUGGAUAAACGUUUGGAGUAAAUUGAGUCACAAGUUUGCAUUUCAAUACAAUCCAUCUUUACAAGCGAGAGCUCUAGUUGUCCUGGGAUGUAUAUCAAAGCAAAUUGGUCCGAGGCAUAUCAAACAAAUACUUCGUAUCAUGGGAAGAUCGUUGGAAUCUCAUGCAGACCUAAAUUUAUUGGAAGCAACACUUCUAUGUUUCACAAGAUUGCAGCUGGUUAUGCAAGCGGACUUCGAAAUUCAUUCCAUAUUUUUCUGGAUUGGCAUAGCUGCGUUACAACUUGAAGAUACCUCAAUUUAUUCUGCUGGUUUAUCAUUGAUUGAACAAAAUUUGAAUCAUUUGGAUGAAAUGAAUGUCUUUGGAAAGCAGCCUCCUGCUAGUUUCCUGAUGAACAUGAGAUCUAGAUUAGAAAGACAUUUUCAGCAACUUGAUCAAGCACUUGGAAUCAGUUUCAAAUCAAGAUUUCAUUUUGCUUUUGUCAGUUAUAUAUUAAAAGGCUUUCGUCAUCCUGACUCAUCAGUUGUAUCCAGAGCAAUCCGCAUACUACAAUUUAUGUUGGAAUUGACAUCUAGACAUAGGCAAUGUGAGAAGUAUGAAGUCAAUCCAGAUAGUGUGGCGUAUUUAACAGCUUUACUACCUGUUAGUGCCGAAGUUCAGCGAUAUUGCGGAACCAGAAUAAAACCUGGAUCAUCGUCAUCCAGUCGUCAAUCUACAUCUUCAUCGACUAUCGGUAAAUCAAGUAGUCAUCGACAACUUCAUCCUCCUGCACAACUGCAACAACGACGACCAUCCAAUGGAUCACAGCCAUCUACUGUUACCGUUACAACAGCCAUGGUUUCUUGCUCUGUACCACCUCAAGUGGUAACUGAUGAUAUAGAAAAUAAUUCUGAUGCCAAAUCUACAGACAGCCAUUCUUCUCGCAGGAGUGCACGGAAUCCCAGCCCACUUCCCACUGAACCUGAUGUAUCGCAGCAAAGAUAUGCUCCGGCAAUUCCAGCGAAAUCAACUGAAUUAUCAGCAACACCUCUUCGAAUAAAAAAAGGAUUGUCAACUUCUUCCAAAAGACAUGAUGGACGUGAGAACACGAGUACACCAACAAAACUCAGAAGAGUUUGUGAAGGUAUGUCUCAUGAUUCAGACAGCAGUACCUGUAGUAGUAGUGGUGCCGGUCCAUCACACAGGGUGAAUGGAAGUAGAUCUCGUCGUGGACCAUCGUCAUGUAAACACUCUUCGUCCACAUCUUCAUCUGCAAAAUCAUCAUCUUCUCGACAUUCACGGAGAAAGUUGUCAACUGAUCCAGCAUUCAAUGUGCUUUUAGAUGACGAGAUGUUGCAAGAUAAUGAAUCUCAGGCUUUGCUUCUCACAAUCCUGGCAACACAGAUUCGAUAUUGGUCGGAUGAUUUGGAAGCAAGAGUGUUAUAUGAAUAUUUAGCAGAAGCUAGUGUUGUUUUCCCAGAAGUAUUCCCUAUUGUGCACAGUCUACUGGAUCAGAAAAUUAGUUCAUUACUGAACAACUGCCAAGAUCUUUCAAUACUCAGUGCAGUACAAAUGAUUGUUCAUAAUUCUGUUUGUAAUGAUGAAACGAGAGGACAACAUCAGACAUCCUUUCUACAAAAUAUUGGAUUUGGAGGGGUGUGGAAAUAUGCUGGUCCUUUUCCACAGUCUGUCAACCUUGACAAUACAUCGACCUUAGUUAACUUGAUUGAUGCAGUUGUGACUGGGUAUUUUGGUGAUGUUGCUGAUCUUACUCCUGUUGCAUCUCGACAAAGUUUAAACAGCACGUUAUCAGCUGCAUCUGGAGAAGAUUUGAGAUAUGAAGAAGGAUCUGACGAAGGAUUAUCAUCUGACAAUCUCAGUGAGAACGAAGAAGCCAUGAAUGAAACGCUUUGUUCAAGCCCUCAAGCAUCUGCGGCUCAAACACAAGCUCCUGCAACGUCUCCUUCUGGCAAAACACCAAGUUUUCGACAAAGGGGACCAAAACUGACUAUUCCUAUUUCUAAAUAGUAUCAGAUAAAUGGAAAAUAUUUCAUCAUCAGUGUGAGAGUUUGGCAAAAUAUAUUCCGUAAUUAAUGCAGUUGGAAUAUUUUUGUCAAGUUUCAGAGUAACUUCCAUUACAUUGGUAAACCAUGAAGAUGCUUUGAACUAUAUUACAAGCUUAUUAGUCACAAAAUCUGGACAACUUCAAAUGACGUAUCUUUCUUGCUAGAUGUCGUUAUCGUGCAAUAGUGGAUACAAGUAUUUAUAGACAUAUGAAGACAUGUUUGAUUCGAAUGUUCUUAUGGCAUGCCCAAAGCAAAGUGAUUUGCGCUCGCUCCAGAUUGUUUGGCCAGAGCUUAGGAUGUCUAGCAAUGGAUAUGAAGAUGACUUCAAAAAUUGUAUUAUGAUCAGUGAUGGUACAUGACCUUUAUUUCACUCUAUGCUUUGAUAGUACACAUUCUAUUUUUAAUUUAGAUGUAUUCACGUAUUGUGAAUAUUAGCUGGAGCAGUUGCCUAAUGUGGCAGCUCAUCAGCUAUUUUUUCAAAUCAAAAAUGUUCGAUGAAAUUUUUCAAGAUUGUUCAUCAAUCAUGCAUAUUACACUGGGCUCCAUUUUCGGUGCUGUUUUUUUUUUGUAUUGUGUGAUGAAUGUUAUCUGGUGCAUGUUAAGCUGUGUGAGAUUAUAAGCUCAUUUGUGUCUGGUUGUGUAUUAAUGCACAUUUUAUUAUAUCAAUUUUUUAUAUUCAGAACUGUUUUAUUGAUACUUCUAUUGUAAAUUUCAGAGAAAAGUUGUUGUCAGUGUGAUUGUUCAUACACAUGUAUAAUUGUACCCAUAUUGUCAAGCAACUCAAACUCAUUGUUAUUGUUAUCAUGGCCUGGUGUAAUCUAGAAUAUGGUACCAGUAUCUUGAAUAUUAAAGUUUCUCAGUGUUAUUUUUUAUCCUGAUACUGCGCACUCGAUUAGUUGGUUUAUACAUGUAAUCCAGUAGGGCCUCUUGCUGCCUACUUUAUAUAAUGUGCAUUAAAAUGAUGGCUCAUA